AUGGAGAGCUGGCCAAAUUUGAAAAUUCGUAAGGUGGUGCAGCAUGCCAAGUUUGAUAACCAAACCGAGCGUUUCAAGUUUCUGGCAGAAUUUUAUCGAGUUCCCGUUGCGGACUCUCGAGGAACAACUGCAUUCAACAUGUAUUUCCUUAUCGACCAUGAGCCGAAAUACGAGGAAAGACCUUCUACGAAAGGCAAAAGAUUGGUGAACGUUUCGGUAUUUGACCUUAAAAAAGAACUAAGGACUAUGAUGGGUGGCGGCCAUGGGAUUCACGCUACUGAUAAUAUUCAAGAGACGAAGGAGAACAUGGAGGCACUCGAACUUCCAUUCGAAUAUCAGCAACGGAGAUUUGAGUCUCUACGGCAGGUUUUUGAUGCUCUUGAGUUUGCAGGAACAAAAUACGUGGUGCUGCGCAAUUUUGAGAAAAUGCCGGACGAGAUCGCAGUUAUUGACCCAGCACAUUUGGAGGUUGAUCUGCUUGUGGCUGACUAUUAUGAAGCAAAGCGUGUACUUGAUGCUAUUACGCCCUACAAGUUGUGGUCAAAAUCCUAUGAGAUUGGCAGAUAUAGGAUCGCUAAUCAGGUGAUAGUCGCGGGUAAAUUGGUCUAUUUCAAUUUGAGAUGGGUUGGAGACAGCUACCUGGAUCGCAAAUGGCAGCUCCAGAUCCUGAAUCAGCGCAGGAGACUUCGUGAUGUGUACGUACCGUGCGAUCAAAAUCAUUUGUAUAGCCUCAUCUACCAUGUUACAAUCCAGAAAAAGUCGAUUUCGCCGACGUAUGUCUCUGUGAUAAUGGAGCUUGGAAACUUUACCAACGCUGAAGCGACCGACAAAACGUUUCUUCGGUCCCAAUUGGAUGCAUUUAUGAAACGGAAUGGAUACCUAAUGGUGAAACCACAUGAUCAUACAGUGUACUUUUUUGAACAGGCAGGUCUAGAAUAA